CCCUUGCGUUGCAAUGUUGAUAGAGGGCGCUAAUACAAAAUGUCGGGUCCACUCGUGAAUAAUUUUGAAGUCCCUUCGUGGGCAGGUAAACCCGCUCCAGGAUUACAUUUAGACGUCACAAAAGAUGGAAAACUUAUCCAGAAACUGAUGAUCGAUGAGAAGAAGUGCUAUUUCUUUGGGCGUAACAAGCAGAUGUGUGACUUCCAGAUCGACCAUGCUUCAUGCUCCCGGGUGCACACAGCCCUGGUCUGGCAUCGGCAUCUCAACAGACCCUUCCUGAUAGAUCUGGGCAGUACCCACGGUACUUGGAUUGGGCACAUACGACUGGAGUCCAAGAAACCUCAGCAGGUCCCUAUAGACAGCGAGAUCCACUUUGGGGCCUCCACAAGGAUGUACAUCAUCAGAGAGAGGCCCCAGAUGGGGCAGAAUGACGACCUUGAUAAACAGGUUGAUAAGGAUGGGAAUCUACAAGGGCUUCCGGAGAACGAGAAUGAACUGGAUAAUCUUACAGAAUUUAACACAGCACAUAAUCGUCGUAGCAUGCCAUUGAAUGACAUGAAAGAUGUUGGGAAUCAAUUAAAGAGAAAACAUAAAAACCUUCACAUCUCCUUUAAUGAAGACGAGGAGGUCAUUAAUCCAGAGGACAUUGAUCCAUCCAUUGGGAAGUUUAGAAAUAUGGUGUCUACCCAUGUAAUAGCCACAAAGAAGCAGAAACUGGAAUCUGGACUACAACAAGGUUCAAUGACAGACAACAUCACAAAACGUUUACAAAGUUUCUCGUAUGUGCACAGUUUAAGUGACCAUCACCCAGGCGCAGGACUUACUGCUAUGGGCUCCUUCAGCAUGGCAGCAAAACUUGGCGUUCCUCUGCCGAACUUGGCACCGGACGUAGACGAAGAGUUUGUUGUGCCGACGAUAAACGUGACACCCUCAGUGACGCUAAAUGUGGAGGAGAUUUCAAAAGAGCCAAAGAAAAAGAAAUACGCAAAAGAAGCAUGGCCUGGAAAGAAGCCUGCGCAUGCAUUGCUUAUGUGAUGGACUGUGUGUUUUUUUCUUGGGAUUUUGUGUAACUCGAGAAAAAAUGGCAUCACCUGUGUUGUGUCGAAAACAAUGGGUAGUGAUGCUGGAAGAUGUGAAUGGAUGUGCUGUUCAUGUCAUUUAUCAUGCUUUUGGUAAAAUCUUUAAUGUUGAUUUUUAAGUGAAGUUCAUCAAAAUUUCAAAUACCAUGAGACAUGCAUAAAUAUGUUAAGUGUUAAGAUUUUAUCAUGUGUAACUGUGUUUAAAUAUGAGAGAGAAUCAAAGGUUUUUGUACAUUGCAAGGUGAACCUUCAAGGGGAUUUGAAAUAAUGUGUCAUUUUUAAGGAGCGUUGUUUUAUGUGAAAAGUUUCUUCUUUUCAUUCUUUUAGACUUGGACUGUAGUUAAUACAUUGGAUGUGAUUUCACAGGUCCUUUCAUCUGACAUCCUUUUUUGAGUUUGAAGAUUGCUCCACAAAUGGUUCUUUAAUGAUGAAGUAUUUUUGUGAAACCCGUACGUGGAAUAUGAGAUUCCCCCAAGAUUUGUUUCACAGCCCUGUCACAUAAAAAUAGAAUUUAACAGAAAAUAUUGUAGUGCAGAUUGGUGUGCAAACCAAGGCUGUUUUUCCACACCGGCACGUCUUUCGAUGCCUCAGAAUCUUGAUGGGAGAGGCAUAUAGGAAUAUUUCAGUCUAUGUAUCUAUCUUAUCUCUGCUUUCUCUCUAUUUCCCCACCAACAAAAAUUACAGCUCCUUACAUAGUUAUUGCGAUAACCAUGUUCGCUUUCAACCGUUGACAUGGCGUAGUCGUUAUUCUGUCCACCUAGAGACUGUGAGGUCAUCGUUUCGAUUUACACUGUGGGAGUGUUCCUUAGAUUUUUCACCAAUAAAAUCAAGUACUUUCUACCCAGGAAACAGACCAAAGAGUUUCAAAAACCUCAGGCUUUGGAUAUUAUACCAUAAUCCAUCCAAUAUUCAGGGAUUUGAGUUAUGUUCAGAUGAUGUUUUAUCACAAUUUUAAGUCUGUUUCAAGGAUGUUUGUAUGGGUAUUAACAGUUUUUAAAAUGACUACUUUACUUGACUAUUGUACUUAUUUAAAUUCAUGUUAAAAUCCUUUGAACUGUUGGCAUCAAAAUUCAUAGGUUUCCUCAUUAAAUAUGGGCAUACCAAUAUGCAUGGUUGCUUGUCAAACUUUUGUCUUGAAGAUGGUGUGAUAAGGAAUGAUGUAAAGACAUUGAGGGCACGUGCAAAGAAAUGUACCCCCCCCCCCCCCCCCCCAUUGUUCAUAGGGGACAUAAUUACAUAGUUGUUGUUUAUGACCUUCCCCAGUGCAUCAAUAUCUUCUGAGUUCAAUUUAAUCUUUUCCUAAUGUGCUGCAUUCUGGGAAAAUGGGCUAAAUGCGUCCCAAAUAAGCUUUGCAAACUGCCCAGUCUAUUCUGGCAUGAUACUUUUGGCAAAUGCAUUAAGCUAAGUUUUCUCACCUUAAUUUAAUAUUGACCUUAUAAUGUUUCAUUCUAUCCUUUUAUUACAGUUUAAGUUGAGUGUACCGUUUUAGCCUCAACUUUCUUUUUUUUCUUUUUUUUUGUGUUUCUACUUGAUAGUUACUGCUUAUGACAAUGCCAUAUUCAUCCCAUUUCACUCAACCUUUGCUUUGACCUUGUUUUACAAAUGGGCUGUCCAGAACAAGUGUUUUAGAUUGUUAAUAUUUAACUUUAUUUAAAAAGAAUUGUUAAUAUUUAAUGUCAUUUGAAAAGCAUAUUUAUGGAUUUCAUGCAUACAGUUGCUUGCAAUUUUCAGUUUUGAAUACACAAGAUGCCGAUGAUUUUAAAUAAAAUGUCAAAUAAUUCAUUUACAGAUGAUUUUUAGUUCAGAUAUUGUGAAUUAGUGUGCAUUGAAUUAGGGGGAUGACACUGUCCUCUUUCAUGUUUUUUGUUUUACCCUUUCCUACUCACAAGCAAAUUGAAAAUGGCUAUGAGCAACCAGCAAAAAAACAGAAUAGCCUGUGAGUAACUCGUAGUCUGUUCAGCUUUUAUGCUGUUUGCUGCUCAUCAGUAUUUAAGGGUUGAAAAUGAAGCCUUUAAAACUUGAAUCUAGUAAGAAAGGUCGUUAAUUAAAUUGAACUUUCUAUUGGACUACAAAUGCUUCAAAAUACAUUUCUAAGUGUUCAAGGGUUAUACAAGAAAUAUGUUGAUAUUCAUACUACAGAGAAGUAGAAGAAAAGUUUAUAGAGAAAUGCAGCAUUUUCUGACAGGAUUGAUAUUCUUGAAUUCUACUUUGUCAGCAGACUGUUUCUUGUUAUCCUCCGCCAUAGGCGGAGGGAUAUUGUUUUGGCGUUGUCCGUCCGUCUUUCCUUAUGUCCGUCUUUCGGGAGCCAUAUCUUGGAAAUGCUUUGGUGGAUUUCAUUUAAGAAUUGAAUAGCAUUUUUCUGCAUUUCAUCGGUGUAUGAACUGUCGGGAAAAUUACGCCUAAUUUGCAUAAAAGCCGACGGCGUUUAUGCAUAAAUUAAGUGUAUUUUUCCAGACAGUUCAUACACCGAUGAAAUGCAGAAAAAUGCUAUUCAAUUCUUAUAAUUACAACACAAAAAGUCCUUUUUAAUCUAGCGUAUGAAUCUAUUUACAGUUUCGGUUUCAUCUCCGUCAAAUGGGUAUAUCGUUGAAGUUCGCGCAAAAAAUAUAACGUCAUUUCGCUAUUGACCAAUAAAAAACAAAGCCAUAAAGUUUCGUGCAAAACAUAACGUCAUCUGGAAACUUGUUUAUGACCAGAAAGUAGCGCCAUGAAUAUUCAUGUUUAAAUUUGCAUACGAAGUGGGUUCAUCGAAAAAUGAAAAACCGGUCACAUGAACAAAUUAUCCAAUCAGAAUGCAGCAUUCAUAUGAAAGUGACAGAAGUUGUAAUUAUUGAAACUUGGUAUGAGUAUAUGUAUGGAUAAUAGGAUGAUGCACGCCAAAUGUCAUUGUACACCAUCUGUUAAUAAGGGAGUUAUGGCCCUUUGUAUCUUGAAAAAAUGCUUUUUUGAGUAUCAAAUAUAACAAUUUUGUGUCCAGAAGCAUAUUGGCGGGGGAUAUCAAUUCAGCGAAUUUGCUUGUUUGUUUUUGAUACUGGUACGCGUUUCAUUUGUUCAUGUUGCAGUAAAUGCAUGCAUUUCAACGGCAGCUUUAUCAUGGUCAACUAAGUUGCCAUAAUAAAUAAAAUUAAUGAUUUUA